CCAAAAAUGAAUUGCUUGUUUCGAAUUUGGGACUAUCACUUAAAACUAGAGAUAGAGUUAUUGACCAAAAUAAACUAGAGCAAGAGCAUGCAUCCACCACCUAGUAUCUAUCAUGCGAAUCCAACUUCGACUACUACUAGGAUCCCAGUUAAGAUUCCUUAACAAAAUCAAUGUGACCCAAACUUUGCACUUUUCCACUUUGUCACCUCAUUUUCUUCAAUCACAAGAUCCAGCACAACGAAAAAUUGGUCGUGAAUUGGCCAACUUAUUGCAGUUUCCAUGCCCAAACACUCCCAUUCCUUAUUACUAUAAGAAAAUCCAUGCCCACAUUGUGGUAUUGGGUUUUCACCAACAUGAUCUCUUCCUUAUCAACACCCUCUUACACUCAUACUCAAAACUGAACCUUCUAAAGGAUGCACAGAAGCUGUUCGAUACUAUGCCUCAUAGAAACCUUGUUACUUGGUCAUCCAUGGUUUCGAUGUACACUCAGCAUGGUUACAGCAUAGAAGCUUUGGUUUUAUUCUGCCAGUUCAGGAGGAGUUGCAUUGAAAGUCCAAAUGAGUACAUUUUAGCUAGUGUGAUUAGAGCUUGUACGCAGUUGGGGGGUCUCAACCAAGCUCUCCAGGUGCAUGGUUUGGUUGUUAGGGGUGGGUUUGUUCAGGAUGUUUAUGUGGGUACCUCUUUGAUUGAUUUUUAUGCCAAGCAUGGUUAUAUUGAUGAAGCAAGAUUGCUUUUUGAUGGCCUAGAAGUUAAAACCACUUUCACUUGGACUACAAUUAUAGCAGGGUAUGCAAAACAGGGGAGAAGUGAAGUGUCCUUAAAAUUAUUCAAUCAAAUGAGCGAGGGCGAUGUUUGUCCAGACAAAUAUGUGCUUUCUAGUGUUUUGAGCGCUUGUUCAAUGCUUGAGUUUCUUGAAGGGGGGAAGCAAAUUCAUUGCUAUGUAUUAAGGAGGGUUGUUGAUAUGGAUGUUUCACUGGUCAAUGGAAUUAUAGAUUUUUAUUUGAAGUGUCACAAAGUGGAGAUGGGUCGGAAGUUGUUUGAUCGGCUGGGAGAUAAAAAUGUUGUUUCGUGGACCACGAUGAUUGCUGGUUGCAUGCAAAAUUCAUUCCAUUUUGAUGCCAUGGACCUGUUUGUUGAAAUGGCUAGAACUGGUUGGAAACCUGAUUCAUUUGGUUGCUCUAGCAUUCUCAAUUCAUGCGGUUCACUCCAGGCUCUAGAAAAGGGAAGACAAGUGCAUGCUCAUACCACCAAGGCCAAUAUUGAUAAUGAUGAUUUUGUGAAAAAUGGUUUGAUUGACAUGUAUGCCAAAUGUGAUUCCUUGUCUGAUGCAAGAAAAGUUUUCGACCUUAUGACUGAUAUUAAUGUGGUAUCCUACAAUGCAAUGAUAGAAGGAUACUCAAGACAAGACAAGCUGUAUGAAGCACUGGAUCUUUUCCGUGAAUUGAGGCUAAGUUUUUUGCCACCGCAUCUAUUAACGUUUGUAAGCCUUCUUGGGGUAUCUGCAUCAUUAUUUCACCUGGAAUUAAGCAACCAAAUCCAUGGCCUGAUUAUUAAAUAUGGGUUUUCUUUGGAUAAAUUUUCUGGAAGUGCUCUAAUAGAUGUUUAUUCAAAAUGCUCAUGUGUUGGGGAUGCAAGACUAGUUUUUGCGGAAAUACAUGACAAAGAUAUUGUAGUAUGGAAUGCUAUGUUUUCUGGAUACACCCAACUAUUGGAAAAUGAGGAGUCUCUCAAACUUUACAAAGAUUUACAAAUGUCGAGACUAGAACCCAAUGAAUUCACUUUUGCUGCUGUAAUAACCGCAACAAGUAACAUAGCAAGUAUGCGACACGGUCUGCAGUUCCACAAUCAGGUCAUAAAGAUGGGUUUUGAUGAUGACCCCUUCGUCGCAAACGCUCUAUUGGACAUGUAUGCCAAGUGUGGAAGCAUCGAAGAGGCUCACAAGGCAUUCAGUUCCACGAAUCAGAAAGACAUUGCAUGUUGGAAUUCCAUGAUUUCAACAUAUGCCCAGCACGGAGAAGCAGAGAAAGCACUUGAGGUGUUUGAACACAUGAUUAUGGAAGGUGUGAAACCAAAUUAUGUCAGCUUUGUAGGCGUGCUAUCAGCAUGCAGCCAUGCCGGACUUCUUGACCUUGGAUUUCAUCACUUUGAAUCUAUGUCCCGGUUUAGAAUCGAACCGGGAAUCGAGCAUUACGCAUGCAUGGUUUCCCUCUUGGGCCGGGCUGGGAGAAUAUAUGAAGCUAAGGAGUUCAUUGAUAACAUGCCAAUAAAACCAGCACCAGUAGUAUGGAGGAGCUUGCUCAGUGCAUGUAGAGUUUCAGGUCAUGUUGAACUGGGAACAUAUGCAGCUGAGAUGGCAAUUUCAUGUGACCCAGCAGACAGUGGAUCAUAUGUAUUGCUUUCAAAUAUAUUUGCAUCAAAAGGUAUGUGGGUAAAUGUGAGAAGGGUGCGGGAGAAAAUGGACAUAAGUGGGGUAGUUAAAGAACCAGGUUAUAGUUGGAUUGAAGUGGAUAAUGAAAUUCACAGGUUUAUUGCCAGAGACACAUCUCAUCGUGACUCCACACUUUUAUCUUUAGUUUUAGACAAUUUGAUUCUACAGACCAAGGGGUUUGGUUAUGUGGCUAACACUGGUGCACUAGUGCUUGAUGAUUGAGCUGAAUCAUACUGUUAUAAUAUUACAAUUAGCCAAGCUUUUAAAUGGCUCAUCAACCGUAAAGGAAAAACCUGUAAAUUGCUUGCUACUUCGAUGAGCAAUAUUGGAUCUCAAGCUGUUUUCAUCAUGAAGAUAUCUUUUUACGAGGCUAAUUUGUGGUGCAUGUUCAAUUGGUCUCAUCACUAUGUCGACAAGGGAUGCGAUGUCUAGUGGGUUUUCCUUUUGAUUGGACAUGACAAUCAAAGUUGUAUAUGUUUGGAUUUUUCACCGAUCCAUGUUUGAGUCAACGUGGCAAAAUUUUAUUUCUCUAUUGAUACACAUUGGGAUGUGUGGUUUCCCGCUUGAGCUAAACAAGCGGGCACGGAGUGUCUUCAAGAGCAUGUUUUGGAGGUGAUGAGUAAAGGAAAGGUAAUGGCAAGCAAACUGCCAUUUAGGUGAACAAAAAAAGCAGGACUAUGCAGAAGAUUGUGUGUAAAAAUUGUACAGUUUGAGAGGCUCCACAACUUAGACACGUUUAUUUUGCUGAUGAGUAGUGUUAUUUGAUAGAUAUUUCAUUUCUCUAAACUGAAGGGUUUAUUUAUGAAACAAAAAAGAGAAGUUACUGUCAGUGAUUUGAAAAUUAAAGCCUAAGACAAUGAUAAAAUUUAUAAACAUGUGAUGUGAAGUUCUUUAAAUCUAUUCGCUUGAUUUACUCCUUCAUAACUCCUUUUUCUUUUUCU